CCCUCCCCCUCCCCUUCUUUUCUCAUCCCCUACUCACACUCCUUAUCACCAUUUACUUAAUUAUUACUACCAUACACACCACACUAUGAGGCCCUAUCUCUUCAUCUUCCUUACCUUCCUCUCCACCCUCCUCCUCCUCUCUGCAGCUUCCGUGGUGGCCGCGGUUACGUGCAAUCCAAUGGCGCUGAGCCCAUGCGCGGACGCGAUCCUGAAGGGGGCGCCGCCGACGGCCGGCUGCUGCGGGAAGCUGCGGCAGCAGAGGCCCUGCUUCUGCCAGUACCAGAAGAACCCCUCCCUGCAGGGAUACAUCAACUCCCCCAACAGCAAGAAGGUCGCAUCUGCUUGUGGAGUCCCCAUACCUUCUUGCUAGUUUGGCUACAUUGCACUUACACUUUACCUUCCCUCCUGAAUAUAUCGCGUUUCCACAACCUCCAGAGUUUUUUUAAAAAAACAAUAUGUAUUUUAUUUUCUUCCUGAAUGAUACGAUAAUUGCAUUUAAAAAAAAAAUUAAUGGUCGCAGAACUCAUCGACCAUUAAUUAUAUAUAAACACAAUUAUUGUAUCAUUUAGAGGAUAAAAUGCAUAUUUUUUUCUUACUUUAGUCUUUAUGUACGUAAAAUACGCGAUACAUUCCGGAAGAUAUUAAUCUACAACGUAGCCUACUGCAUGUAUAAGGGUGUGGCCUCUCUAUAUAUAAUAUGAUAGUAUAUAUAGGAAUUAAUGGAGAGAGAAAUAUAUAUGAUGGCAUAUAUGAGGAUCAAGAGCAGUGAGAUGAACGCUCGCUAUAUAUGUGUGUUCCUUUCCUAUAUUAUGUUAAUUAGUAUUAGUACUAGUGCUCCAUGCAUGUUUACUUUUGGAUUAUAUAAUAUAACCAAGAAAUAUCAGUGGUUGUGGUUGGUUGGUUUUGCUUCAAUGGAUCAGCCAUUUUAGAAAA